AUGGUGGGUGGCAAGGGGGCACACGGGACUAGCAGGUUCAUCCGUCGCUUGCGGAUCCAAUCCAGCCGUGAGAUGCGUCCUGCCAGUCGCACGCGUGGCCGGGAUCGUCGUCGCGGAACGUUGUGGGAUCGAGAAAAGCACUGUGUCGCCAUAGAAAGCCGGGAUUUUGCCCAAGACACACAAGAAGGUGGCGCGGACCGAUUUGAGUUGAUCCCAGAUUCUGAUGAAGAUGGAGGUGAUAAUGGUCCAUCCUUAAUUGGCGGCGAUGAUGAGUUCAUGCCUGAGACGGAACCACUGGACAUUGUUGCGGAUAAGACCCCAAUGAUGCCCUCAAUCAUUGUCACCUUCACCCACUUCAUCGGUCUGACCUGCAGCUUGAAAGAUGAGGAUAGGUAA